GUCAGCGCCGCUUGCAGUUUUAUGUUAUUGUGGCUUCCAGUUCGCUGGACUGGAUGGCCAAGUCAAACAUCCAUUCCAUUCGCUAAGCGGCUUUCGCUGUUGAAUGAGCUGUUUGGCUAGUUUUCGUGGAACGGCCGCCGGUUCGUUUCGUAGCGUAUCUUCGAGAUACAAACACUAAAUCGAAUCGAAUGAAUAUUGCAGCUGUCGUUGCGCGCGUGUUGUCGAUGGAAAUUGUGGAAUUAUAACAAUUACAUCUCGUGUGGAAGUGUGAAAGUGAAAUAGUCGAGCCAAGAGCGACGCAAUUAGAUGAAAAUACACUCACGCUCUGUAUCCGUAUCUUCGUAUCUUUUGUGCGAGCGCGCUUCAACAAGUAAACCGAAAUUAAAAAACUCACUGGAGUGGAAGACUCGUCCUUGAGCUCCCCACUUAAACCCACCUGUUUUAGAACGAGAUACAUAUUCAAGUGCGAUUUGAGCCACCGAAAAAGACAGCCAGCGUCAGUUAGAAAGAGAGGGCAAGCGAGCGGUGAAAGAGAUGAAUAAUUUCACAACCACAACAGCAGCCCCACCACCAAAGGAAGCGCUGCCCCGAUCAGGACAUGUUAAUGAGGUCUGCAAGGAGUGGCUCGUGCGUGAGGAUGGCGCUCUGGCCUAUAAACUUCAGUCCCAAGAGAUUAACGACUUCUACAAGGGAAAUCGGUACAGAAACGCGGUGGUUCGCGAGGAUUUCCCAACGGCCCUGCACGAACAGAUCAAGGAGAAGGAGCAGGCCCAGCGAAGGGUGGAUGCCUACAGAAGGCGCCUAACUGAACAGGAGGAGCAUGACAAGCGUGUGGCCAAAGAAAUUGCUGACAAACUGGAGCGUGAUCUGCAGGAGCAACAGCAAAAGGAGCUGCAACAAAGCGAGUUAAUAGCCAAGCAAAUGCAGGAAAUCUAUGUUAAUCUGCCGCCUGUGCCGCCGCCAGCAACACGCGACAAGAGCCGUCCACCACCACGUCCCGCCAAAGCAAGUAUACACCUGCAACAACAGCAGCAACAUCAGACACAGCAGCAACAUCAGACACAGCAGCAACAUCAGUCAGAGCCGAGCACCUCACAGCAGGCUAGAUAUCACAGUCAGCAGCAGCAGCAGCAGCAACCAUUGCUGCUACAGCAGCAACACUUCUCACAAACAGACAACUAUGUAGGAUUAUCGCUUAUACCAAAUAUUGUAGAUUUGCCAGCAGCGGCACCAGCAGCAACAUGCACCACUCCCAGUAGAAAUGCACAGGCACACAAUCAGCUGUUGGUGAGUGAUGUCUUAUCAUCGCCACAGCAGCAACAACAUCACUCACGUUUUCAUCAUGCACAGCCGAAGCAGCAGCAACAGCAGCAGCAACAACAUAAAUCAUCAUCGCCGGCACGUCGUCCACCAACAAUAACUAACAUGCCCAGCACUUCAUCCAUAACUCUGCACCCACCCACACAAUCCGCACAACAACAGGCAGCUGACAUCGAUGAGCUGGUGGACUAUGCCGAUGUUGCUGACAGCAUACGCGACUACAACAUCGCUGCCACGAGCACGGCAGCAACAUCGGCCAGCGUUGUCGAUGCAGCUGCAACAUCACUCCAGCAGCAACGCUCCCCGUCACACGAAAAUCUCCUAAGAACCGAACCGAAAUUUCAGAAACUGUCACCCGAGAAAUACGAUCAACUGGUGGGCAAUUUCGGUUUGGGACCCACUUCGGGAUCGGGAUCGGGAUCGGCCAAAGCAGCUGAGAGACACAUGCAGCAACAUGCCGAUGACAUCGAGCUCUAUGUGGAUCCCUGCGAUUAUGCCAGUCUGCGGGAGAUCGGGCUGCCGAUGGAAGAGAUCCAGGAGAUGAGCAAAAAGCUCAAGCAGGAGCAGAAGGAUGAGUUGCUGGCUCGUCGUCUGCAGGCCAUUGAGUCCAAGGACUGCGUGCGACAAGAGCACCGGGAUCGCCUGCUGGCCAUUGAAGCCCAGGACAAGGAGCUGGCCAAAAUGCUGCAGGACAGGGAGAAGGCCAAAGCCAAGCGGGCCAAGGAGAAAGCACGUUUGCGAAAAACUCAGCAGAAGGAAGCCGCAGAAGCUGCCAAUGGCAGUGGUAGUCUGCUCUGUGGCACCAAUUCCCAUUGUGGUCCGCUGCUGCCACUGCCACCGGAUUGCCUAUCCAGCACUGCCAAUCAUUCCCAGGCCGACAUCGAUGUGGAGGCCUACUCCAAUCCCAUAGACGUGCUCAACAGCAGUCGUGAGCAGCGGACCCACAACGGACCUUUGACCAAUGGCAGCCUGACCAGAGACGGGGGCUCCUCCAAUCACAGCUCCAUGCAGCGACAGCAGCGGAACAUGGCACCCAUUAGGGCAGAAGAUGAUAUCUACACUCUGCCCGUGGACAGUUGCAGGCCGGGACAAAGACCCGUUUCACUGCACAUGGCAGCCGAGGCAGUGCAACAGCUUCAGACCCACAAUUCCAUGACGAGAUCGGAGCAUUACGGAUCCGAGGCCGGUUCCCAUGACAGUUCGCAUCAGAGUGGCCAGGAUAUAUCGCCGCACAUGAAAUACUCCAAGUCCGGCAAUUUCGGUAUAUAUAUCAAAGUGCCAGCCCCACGCCGCCUUACAUGCCAAUUCAAGGUACUCGACGAUCAAAUUCAAGUGAAGAUCGUAAAAAGAAGUCCAAGGACAAGUGUACGCAUCAGUGAACCAUAAUCACCCAUUUAAAACACCUUUAUUCAUAUAUGUUUUGUACUCUCUUGACAAUGAAAUUGUUCAGAUCAAAAUCAAACCCUUUAUCGAUUUAUUCAAAACUUUCUCACAUUGUAUCUCUAGAACUUAGAAGUAGUUUAUAUAUAGUUUACUGUGUGGUUUCAGUGAUGGUUUUAAUAGAAGACAUCAUUGGGUUUACAAUAAAGACUUUUUAUAGGUAAA